AGCGCCCCCCGCCCCCCGCCGGCCGGCUCCCUUCCCCCGGCCGCUGGCUCUCUCCGCUCGCAGCGCUGCAGAGGCUCCGAGGCGGCGACGGCGGUGACUCCCUCCUCCCCUCCCUCCUCCUCUGUCUGUCCGUCUGUGCAUCUGUCGUUCGGCCUCAGUCCGCCCGCAGCAUGGCCGGCGUCAGCUUCAGCGGCCACCGCCUGGAGCUGCUGGCGGCGUACGAGGAGGUGAUCCGGGAGGAGAGCGCAGCCGACUGGGCUCUGUACACGUAUGAGGAUGGCUCAGAUGACCUCAAGCUUGCAGCAUCGGGAGACGGGGGCUUGCAGGAACUCUCAGGCCACUUUGAAAACCAGAAGGUGAUGUACGGCUUCUGCAGCGUCAAGGACUCCCAGGCUGCGCUGCCAAAAUACGUGCUCAUCAACUGGGUUGGUGAAGAUGUGCCUGAUGCCCGAAAAUGUGCUUGUGCCAGCCAUGUGGCUAAGGUGGCUGAAUUCUUCCAGGGUGUCGAUGUGAUUGUGAAUGCCAGCAGCGUGGAAGACAUAGAUGCGGGCGCCAUUGGGCAGCGGCUUUCCAACGGUCUGGCACGGCUCUCCAGCCCUGUGCUGCACCGGCUGCGGCUGCGUGAGGAUGAGAAUGCUGAGCCGGUGGGCACCACCUACCAGAAGACUGACGCAGCUGUGGAGAUGAAGCGGAUUAACCGUGAGCAGUUCUGGGAGCAGGCUAAGAAGGAGGAAGAGCUGAGGAAGGAGGAGGAGCGGAAGAAGGCCCUGGAUGAAAGGCUCAGAUUUGAGCAAGAGCGGAUGGAGCAGGAGCGGCAAGAGCAGGAGGAGCGGGAACGGCGCUACAGAGAGAGGGAACAGCAGAUUGAAGAGCACAGGAGGAAACAGCAGACCUUAGAAGCUGAGGAGGCCAAGAGGCGGUUAAAUGAGCAGUCUAUCUUUGGUGACCGGAGGGAUGAAGAGGAAGAGACCCAGAUGAAGAAGUCAGAAUCGGAGGUAGAGGAGGCAGCGGCCAUUAUUGCCCAGCGGCCUGACAACCCACGGGAGUUCUUCAAGCAGCAGGAACGAGUCGCAUCGGCCUCUGUGGGCAGCUGCGAUGUACCCUCGCCCUUCAAUCAUAGACCAGGUCGUCCGUACUGCCCUUUCAUAAAGGCAUCGGACAGUGGGCCUUCCUCCUCCUCCUCUUCCUCCUCCUCCCCUCCACGGACUCCCUUUCCCUAUAUCACCUGUCACCGCACCCCAAACCUCUCUUCCUCCCUCCCAUGCAGCCACCUGGACAGCCACCGGAGGAUGGCACCCACCCCCAUCCCCACCCGGAGCCCAUCUGACUCCAGCACAGCCUCCACUCCUGUCUCUGAGCAGAUCGAGCGGGCCCUGGAUGAGGUCACGUCCUCUCAGCCUCCACCACCGCCACCACCACCUCCACAAACCCAAGAGACCCAGGAGCCUGGCCCCGGCCUGGAGGGCGAAGGGACCAGCAAGGAGGCCAGAGCUGCAGCCCCUGAGGCCUGGGCUGGCCCCGUGGAGAAGUCCCCGCAGGCACGGGAGCCUCCCCAGGGGCAAGGCAGCCCCAUAGAGGACUUUAUGUUCAUGGUGGCUCCUGAGCAGGCUGUCCUGGCUGCCCCUCUAGAGCCUGCCAUAGCCAACACCACUGCAGCCGACACCCUGGCAGCUGCUGCCAUUGAAACCGAUGGCGUUGCUGCUGCUGACACCGCUGUUGCCAACACUGUCGCCCCUGCCACUGCCAGCCUCAUUGACCUAUGGCCUGACAACGGGGAUGGUGCCUCGGCACCCCAGGCUGAGCCUAGCGCUCUGACAGCACCCUCAGGUGCCGAGGUCACUCUGGCGGAGGUGCCCCUGCUGGAUGAGGGGGCUCAGGAGCCACUGCCACCAGCAAGUGAAGUCUGUGCCAGUCUCCUCAAUUUUGAUGAGCUGCCUGAGCCACCAGCCACCUUCUGUGACCCAGAGGAGGAAGUAGAAGGGGUGCCCCUGGCUGCUCCCCAGGCCCCUGCUCCACCCUCUGCUCUAGAGGAGCUGGAUCAGGAGCCGGAGCCGGAGCCCCACCUACUGACCAAUGGCGAGACCACCCAGAAGGAGGGGACUCAGGCCAGUGAGGGGUACUUCAGCCAAUCACAGGAGGAGGAGUUCGCCCAAUCAGAAGAUCUGUGUGCAAAGGCUCCGCCUCCUGUGUUCUACAAUAAGCCUCCAGAAAUUGACAUCACCUGCUGGGAUGCAGACCCAGUCCCGGAAGAGGAGGAGGGCUUCGAGGGUGGCGAUUAGCAGUGGCGCCCACCCUCAGGCUGUCCUUGCCAAGACCACCCACCUGCGCUGGCCUCUGCCCAGAUGGCCCGCUGCGCCUGUACUCGAAGACGCUCCGCCUGGCACCCACUCCAGAUUCCGGCCCUGUCCGGGGACUUGGCCGCUUCCUUGCCCAAAGGGCCUGACUUUUACAGCUUUUCUUUCUUUUUUUAAAAAAAAGUUGAUAGGAGACUUGUACAGUUGACUGGUUUUCCUCCCGUUGGUAGUUGAAAUGUUGUUGCAAAUUCCAUCCCCUCCCAACCCGGUCCAGAUUGUAGCGCUUAGCCCUCCCUGCUCACUCAGCUGGCCAGGGUGGAGGCCUCACCCUGUUUGGGGCCUGGUGAGGGGGGAGCUCUGGUGGGAAAAUGUCCCCCACUUCUUUUCCUAGUUUUAUGUUUCUUGGAAAAAUAUCACUUUGUAUUCUUUGU